AACUUGAAGGCGUUUUAUUUGUCUCACAGAAUAGAUUGCUCAGAAAGUAUGUUGAAAGAACAGGAUAAAAUCUUCACAAUUUAGUUAUGUGCCCCAUGAACUUUUAUACGAUGCAGUAACACUUUUGCACUAAAAUAGAAGUCUGCUAACAUGUCAUUCCCAGGUGGUCUUGUUGUUCCGUGUGUCAUACUAAGUUCUGCUUUCAUUGCCUAGCUUUGUGUGUGUACUUAGUGCAGAAGGGAGUUUUAUGUCUAGAGGAAAGGGGCAAAUUGGAUGAACAGGAAUUCCAAAGUAAUGUUUAACUUUUAAAGCUUUUCCUAAAAGUUCAAAAUUGUUUGAAACCUUGCACCUGUGAGUUCGCUGAGGCGAGGCUGUGGUUCAUAACUCUGUUAUCAGCGGCGUCUGGCACUCAGUAGGUCCUCAGUAAAACUUGAAUGUAUGACUUGAUUGUGCUUGUGAUUUAUCCUCUGGGAACUUCUCUGCUAUUAUUUGUCACUCAGUUUGGGUCAAAGGUGAUCCUUGUCCAGUUUAAAUGUCUGUGCUGGAGAAUAUGAUAAGUGGUAAGGUCUAGGUGCUUUCUAUCUAAUUAUCUCUAAUUUCUGCAGUGACUGCUUGGUAUUAUCAUUCCCAUUUAACAGGUGAGAAAACUGAGGCUCAGAGGGGGUAAGUUGAAUAUGGCAGUAAAAAGCAGAGGUAGGACCCCCUGGCCUGGCAUACUGCCUAUAGUCUUUUUCUCUUCUGCCAGAGAUGUUAAAGACUUGGGCUCUCACAGGCUCUCCAUAAAUUGUUCUUGGGGUCAUUAAAGCUGGAUAUGGGAAAUUGGGCUUUGUGAAACACAAAGUACUAUAGCACUGUAUCUGUUUUUAUGCCUUUCAAGUACUUCAGCUUUUCAUUUACUGAGAGGCCAUGAAUCUAACCCAAAGUUUUUCCCCAGGAAUGUUUCCAGUUGCUUGGGAGUUGAGGAAUAAUGGAGAUAGGACAUUGGAGGAGGAUGACCAAGUGAGAAAGAAGCAGGACAUUUUAUUUCCUUACAUCAAAGAAAAUGUUAAAGAGUAUCUGCAGACACAUUGGGAAGAAGAGGAGUGCCAGCAGGAUGUCAAUCUUCUGAGGAAACAGGCUGAAGAGGAUUCCCACCUGGAUGGGGCUGUUCCCAUCCCUGCUGCAUCUGGGAAUGGAGCGGAUGACCUGCAGCAGAUGAUCCAGGCCGUGGUGGAUAACGUGCGCUGGCAGAUGUCUCUGGAUCGAAAGACCACGGCGCUGAAACAGCUGCAGGGCCACAUGUGGAGGGCGGCUUUUGCAGCUGGGCGCAUGAAAGCAGAGUUCUUUGAAGAUGUAGUUCCAGCAGUCAGGAAAUGGAGAGAGGCUGGAAUGAAGGUGUAUAUCUAUUCUUCAGGGAGUGUAGAGGCCCAGAAGCUAUUAUUUGGGCAUUCUACAGAGGGAGAUAUUCUUGAGCUUGUUGAUGGUCACUUUGAUACCAAGAUUGGACACAAAGUGGAGAGUGAGAGUUACCGAAAGAUUGCCAACAGCAUUGGGUGCUCAACCAACAACAUCUUGUUUUUGACAGAUGUUACUCUAGAGGCCAGUGCUGCUGAGGAAGCAGAUGUUCAUGUCGCUGUGGUGGUGAGACCCGGCAAUGCGGGACUGACGGAUGAUGAGAAGACUUACUACAGCCUCAUCACAUCCUUCAGCGAACUGUACCUGCCUUCCUCAACCUAGAGGACGACUCAUAGGGAAGACCAGCCUGUCUUCACAGAGGCGUCCCUGUAGUCUAGUUGUAUUCCAAUGGUAAAAGUAACUUACUUAAAAAAGACAUAUAUACACACACACAGGUACGCGCGUGUAUAUAUGUGUAUGUUUAAAUUGCCUUCCACGGGCACAUAAGUGAAAAAAAAGUCUCAGUUCAGUGAAAAGGAAACUUAUUUAAAGAUGCUUUCUAUGUAGAAAUUGUUUGAAACCACAACCCUAACCCCAACUGAAAGCAAACUAUAGCUGAUAGAAGAAUUACUGCAGUAUAGAUCACACGUGUUAGGUUUAUCAAGUCGUGUACCAACAUGGAAAGGUAGGGUUGAGAAGUUAUUCAGAAGCCUUGUUAUUUUAAAAACUGGAAGUGUUUCACAGACUUACUCCUAAUAAUAAUUCAUUCCCCUUUCAAAUUAUAAGUUAGAAGAUUGCGACAGCUAAAUUUCAAAGUAUUAGCCUCGUUCUCUACAGAAGUCAAAGCCAUUUGUUUCUGCUCCAAAAGACAGCAAACCUGGGAAAGGAAACUCAUUUGAGUCUUGACGCAGGUAUCCAUUACCAAGGAAACUUGCUCAUCAUUGUGGCGGCCCCAGCAAACGGUUGCCUUACCAAUGAUAAAGGUGCAUUGAUGUAACAGCUAAAAUAGGAAUGUGGUUCUUAAUGUUUAACAGAAUAGCACUAAUCCUGCCGGUUGUUAUCAUCAUAAGUUUUCUGGUUGCCUUUCUAACUACUUUUUAGCAGUUUGAGAAUAUAUGUUGCUAUUUACUACUGAAAAGCAAAAGGUUUACUGAAAUCAUUCUGUAAGACCCUUCUAGAAGAGCCCUAAUAAUGUAAUAUUUUCCUCUGAAAUGGAUAUGAAGAGUGUAAAUUUUAUAAUAGCAUUAUUUAUCC